GGUUCUUACAUCGUGGCCCCAUUAUCUUAUUUUUCUUUUCUUUUCUUUGUGAAGCUGCGCAGAGAAUCGAUCUCUUUGAAUUCGACGCACAUAGUAUAAAAAAGCCAACGACAAUGGAGCUGCGCGGUUCGGCUUCUGAUAGGAUUAGCGACGUUCCGACCAAUUUGAUAACAGAGCACAUUCUGACGCUGUUGCCCCUAAAAGACGCAGCGAGAACCAGCAUCCUGUCUAGAAACUGGAGGCAACACUGGAGAAGCAUUCCUCAACUCGUGUUCGAUCGCGAUUUCGCUCCAGUACUCCCCAAUACGGCACCGGACGAGACCAAACUAACAUUGAACAUUCACGAAGCUCUGCUGCUUCACGACGGUCCAGUAACCAAGUUUGAGCUCUCCGUUCCUGGAGUGGGAGAAGACCUUUUACAUAAGUGGAUUCCUCACGUUGCAAGCAAAGGUGUCCAGGAACUUGCUCUUCGGUUUCCCGUCCGUCAGACGUCCAAGCUGCCUUCCUCCCUGUUCACGGCCUGCAGCCACCUGACAGUUCUGAAACUGCAGCAUUGUAGUGUUGGUGCACCAUCUUCUUCAGUGGGAUUUCCUAAGCUGGUCACUCUUGAGCUUGAACAUGUUAUCAUGCCUGAAGAUCUCCUGCAGAAGUUACUGCCGGAGUGCCCCCUGCUCCAAGAGUUGAGGGUUCUGCACUGUAGCAGGCAAGAAUAUAAACUUAAUGUGCCGUCUCUCAAAGUGCUUUUCAUUAAGUCGAGAGGUUCCGGUUUCAACAUUACGUUCCAGCAUGCUCCAGUGCUUUCAGUGCUAUCACUUACAGAUGGUUGGAAUUCUAAGAAUUGGUUUGCACUGUUUGCUUCUCUCCCCAAGCUCAGGCAGCUGACUUUUGGAAUUCGUUCGCUGCUGUUCUUUGACGAGGGUAAUGCAGCAGCCUACAAGAGAUCUAAAACUUUCUACCAAUUAAAAUUCCUCGAAGUAACUCGCCUUCUUCUGGAUAACUUGCCACAAGCACGGCUUCUAAUUUGUAUGAUCAUGCGUUCCCCCAACUUACAAAAGCUCACCAUUCGGUUGCGUAUUAGUAGUACUGCCCAGCCGCCUUCAGGGGUUAUUGAUACCUUACAGGAGUUGUUGGAAGCAGAGGACCGACCUGGAGUUUGUUGCCUUCAACAUCUUGAAGAGUUGCACAUUCAGGAUAGCCAAGGUGCACGAGUCGAGCUGGACCUGGUGAGGUUUGUUAUGGCCACUGCUCCACAACUUCGUGUGAUCUCGAUUAACCGUGCAGUUAACCUGCAAUCGUCUGAUAAGGUUUUGGAAUUCUUGAGUGAAUUGGUAUCGUACAAGCGUAUUUCCAGAGACGCGGUGGUCAAAUAUGUCUAGGAAAAGAUGAGGUUGAGUUGAGACACUUGUUAGGUUUUACCUCUCUGGCCCUUUGGGUCGUUGUUCACUCACCUACUUUCAUGGUGCUUGAUUCUUUUGUUCUCGUUUCUUCUUUUCCCGGAUUGAGGUGAGGGUGUUUGAUCCUGGUUGAAUGUAGAAGUUUUGAUUUGAGGUGAAUAAUAGUUUUAAAUUUAA